CAUCCCAGUUCUGCUCAGUUGCUCGCGAGUAGCUAUUCCCUCUGAGCCCCGACUUAUGAUGGUAAGCAAAGAACUACUGAAUGUGAGAAGCGCAAAACCCUAGCUUUUUCCAAAUAGUUUGGCUACUACUCUCGGCAGAAAGAUGAGAAGUACAUGGCGAUUGCUCCUCCUUCGUAAUCGUUCUCGAUCUUCCAUUUGCACCUCGACAAUCGAGUUUAUGACUACGGGCUUACAGGUAAGGGAGCUGAAUCCUCAAAAACCUUAUUGCUUUUCUUCGAUUUCUGGUCGAUAUGGGUAUCCAAAUUGCAUUCCACUCUUGUCUGAUUCGGUUACAAGGAAUCCUGGCCACCGUAGCUUUUCGUCAGAACUGGCUGUGGAACAUAAGGAUCCCGAUCACGACCAUGCCCUUCUCUUGGCCGAUAUAUUCUCCAGGUCAAGUAGUCCUAAUGCCAUUAGGGGUGAAUUAGAAUCGAAUAGACCUUCGGUUACCCACGAAAUGGCGUUGACAGUGUUAAAAAAUCUUGAUGAAAGCCCGGAGGCUGCUCGGAGGUUUUUCGAUUGGGUUUCGGAGACCCACAAUGAAAAACUGAGUUCGAAAACGUAUAAUCUGUUUCUGGGGAUCUUGGGUAGGAAAGAUCAUGUGAAGGAGUUCUGGGAUUUGGUUGAGAUCAUGAGGAAGAAGGGUUAUGGAGUUUCUAAGAGCACCUUUGUCAAGGUCUCGGAGAAUUUUGAGAAAGAAGAAUUGGCGAGCGAUCUAGAUAAAUUGAAGGGGUUGUUCUUGUCAAAAUCUGAUGACAAUUCGAGUGAGCAGAUUUGUUCUAAAGUCUGCAAGAUUAUUAGGCAAGACGAGUGGAGCGAAGAUGUUCAAAAGAGACUUAGAGAUCUGGAAGUUAGUAUGUCCAGCGAUUUAGUCGCAAUGGUCCUGGAACGGCUCAGUUUGUAUCCAGUUAAAGCGUUGAUGUUCUUCCGGUGGAUUGAGGCCAACCAAUCUUUCAAGCACAACGAGCAGACUUACAAUGCCAUGGCUCAGGUUUUGGGUCGAGAAGAUUGCAUUGAGAAAUUUUGGGGCAUUAUUGAUGAAAUGAAGGUGGCUGGAUAUGAAAUGGAGAAGGAAACUUAUCUAAACGUCUACCAGCGGUUUUACAAGAAGAAGAUGAUAAAGGAAGCUGUGGACUUGUAUGAGUUUGCGAUGAUGCAUGGCACCAGUAAGCCUCCAAAUCAGGACUGUACUCUUCUUCUAAAGAACAUAGUAACCAGUAAAGAAGACCUAGAUAUGGAUCUGUUUUCUAGGGUUGUGAGGAUAUUUACAGAGGGAGGAGGGAAUGCCUUGAAACAGUCUACCUUUGAUGCUGUACUUAAAUCUUUGAUCAGUGUCGGAAAGUUGGGGGAUUGCAAUAAGAUAUCGAAGGCCAUGGAGAAAGGUGGUCUUGAAGUUAGUCGUGCCUCUUAUGACGAAAUCAUCUUUCGGCUUAGUAGGGCAGGGAGAGUAGACGAAGCUUGUGAGAUAUUGAAUGAUAUGCAAACAUCUGGACGUAAUCCAGAUUUUAAGAUGUGGGCAUCGUUAAUUCACGGGCAGUGUGUGACUGGUGAUGUAGACAAGGCACAUUCUUGUUUCCUAGAGAUGGUGGAAAAGAAGGGUGUUGCAGGUGCUGGUUAUGCUUUUGAGGUAUUGGUUGAUGGCUUUUACCAUAAGAACAGAGUGGAAGAUGCGUGCAAACUCUUAAUUGAGUUGGUUAAUGGAAAAGAGUUUCGGCCUUGUCGUACUACAUACAAAAUCCUGAUAGAGAAGUUACUGGUUAAACGAAAUCUCAAAGAAGCUUUGAGCCUGUUGGAGUUGAUGAAGAAUAAUGAUUAUCCACCUAUCUUGGAUCCAUUUAUUGGUUUUCUCUCAAAAUCCGGUACAGGGGAAGAUGCUUUGAAUUUUCUGAAAGCAAUUACAUCAAAGAGGUUUCCAUCUACAUCUGUGGUUCUCCUUGUGUUUGAAGCAUUUUUCAAGGCUGGCAGACAUAAUGAGGCACAUAAUUGUCUUUCCAAAUGUCCACACUAUAUCCGUAAUCAUGCUGAUGUUCUGAGUCUUUUCUGUUCUAUGAAGCCUGUAGGUGCUGAUGCAACUACAGUUCAUGUGACCGCUUAGACUCCAAGACUUGUAUCUUCUAUUGUAUCUGUGAGAGUGACAUUGGGCUGCAACAAUUUGGAAACUCGUGGUAUCUUUUUUUGUGUUCUCAAAAUAUUCCUCUGUAGCUUUAUCAAGUGAUUAAUCUUGGUUAAUAUUGGCUAUUUAAGCACUUGGCAAGGUAAUUAUACAUGCAAAGCAGCACCACACACUUCCCUCGUUUUUUCUUCCUUUGGGUUGAGUUGCAGCACAAACAUUAAUGAUAUUCUUUUGAGUGUUGAAAUAAGUUUCUGUAUUAGAAA